AUGGCAGCAAACGCAAACUCAUCCUCCCCAGCAGAGGCAAGACCAUCCACGCCCCAGCCGGCACGAAGAUCUUCAAUGGACAAAGAAGCCGACGUGGAGGUCGUCGAGUCCAUUCAAGCGGCCAACGAAGAGCUUUGGCUCCAGCAAUAUGACCUCCUCGCUGGCAAGUCCAAGCAGGAGCUGGCAGCUUUGAACAAGAAGGUCGUCAAGAAACUCGACUGGAGGUUCCUGACCACCAUUACGAUGAUGCUGCUAAUGAACUACCUUGACCGCAUUAACGUUUCCAAUGCCCGCCUUGCUGGUAUGCAAGAGGACUUCCACAUGAGCGACGUCGAGUGGUCUGCCGGCAUCUCCCUGUUCUACGUCGGCUAUAUUAUAUCACAAGUACCAGCCAACGUCAUCAUUGCCAAGGGCAAACCACGCGUCCUACUUCCCACCGUCAUGCUCGGCUGGUCCGUCCUCACUAUAUCCAUGCCAGCAGUCAAGAGCGCCUGGGGUUUCAUGCUUUGUCGCUUUCUUGUUGGAGUCUUCGAAGGUCCCUUCGUACCCGGUGUCGCUCUCCUUACCAGCUCAUGGUACACCAAAGAAGAAUCACCACUGCGUAUGGGAAUCUGGCACGCCGGCAAUAUCAUAUCGAACGUCAUCUCUGGAUUCUUAGCAGCGGGCAUUCUCGAGCACAUGGAUAACAUCGCUGGCUUGCACGCAUGGCAGUGGUUCUUCUUGAUCGAAGGUAUCGUGAGUAUCCUAGUAGCAGUAGUCGGAUUCUGGGGUCUGCCGAAUUGGCCAGACAACACUGGUACAUACUUCUUCACGCCUGAAGAAAGCCAGAUGGCACAGUAUCGUGUCAAAGUGUCAGCGGGCGGUCAUUCUGAGGAUGACGAAGGUGGUUACUGGUCAGGGUUUGCUUUGGCGAUGAGAGAUCCGUUCACCUGGAUGUUCGCAGGCAUGCAUUUUGGACUUGUGACGGCACAAUCUUUCAAGGAUUUCUUCCCAUCGGUCGUUGCGACGCUAGGGUUCACCAAGAUGCAGACCUACCUAGUGCAAGCUCCACCAUACAUCAUCGCUUACUUCGUCACCCUUGCCGUUUCCUGGUCAUCCGGUCGACGUGGUGAGGCAUGCUGGCAUAUUGUUUCCUGCAUUUUGGCGUGCAUGCUUGGCGCGGUGCUGCUGAUAUCGACUCUCAAUGUUGGAGCAAGAUACUUUGGGUUGAUCCUCCUCUGUUCUGGCCCAUUCCUCGGGUUGAAUCUCCAACUAUCAUGGGAAACCACAGUGGUGCCUCGCCCACGUACGAAGCGUGCGGCGCUGGUGGCAUUUGCGAAUUGCGUUUCAGCUGUAUCGCAUUGGUUCUCGCCGUACUUCUUCCUGCGGUCUCAGGAGCCAAGGUACCAGACGGGCGGUGGAAUCAUCAUUGUGGGAUGUGGUCUGACAGUCAUCUUCUGCUUGAUGGUCCGCUGGUGGGCUAUGCGCAAGAACAAGGCCAUUGUGAAGGAGGAGGAGCGUACGGGUGUUGCCAACCCAUGGCGCUUUGCUACCUGA